UAAUGAUGGAUUGUAAUGAGCCACCUGACAAAAUCUCAUCAUUCAAAGUACUAUAUUAAUCCCCCUCUCUCUUCUUCUUCAAUACCUCACAUCUCUCUCCUUUCUCCCACAACAAAGGGUUCUAUUGAUCAUUUACUUCAAGUCGAAACAACCCAUCUGUAUCAUCUUUCUGGCUAUUUUCUUUCUCUAACUCAAAAAAAAAAAAAGAUCAAACCUUUCUUCUUCUUCAAACUGUUGAGUUCCUUGAGGAUGAUGAUGGGAAAAGAAGAUCUCGGUUUAAGCCUAAGCUUAGGGUCUUCACAGAAUCACAAUCCUCUUCAGCUGAAUCUGAAUCAUAACGCUUCAUUAUCAAACAAUCUCCAGAGAUUUCCAUGGAACCAAACAUUUGAUCAUACAUCAGAUCUUCGCAAGAUAGACGUGAAUAGUUUCCCAUCGACUGCGAACUGCGAGGAAGAAACAGGAGUCUCGUCUCCAAACAGCACGAUCUCGAGCACCAUAAGCGGGAAGAGGAGUGAGAGAGAAGGUAUCUCCGGCGCCAGCGACGACCACGACGAGAUCACUCCGGAUCGAGGGUAUUCGCGUGGAACCUCCGACGAAGAUGAUGACGGCGGAGAAACGUCGAGGAAGAAGCUCAGGUUAUCAAAAGAUCAGUCUGCUUUUCUCGAAGAGACUUUCAAAGAACACAACACUCUCAAUCCCAAACAGAAGCUAGCUUUGGCCAAGAAGCUGAACUUGACGGCAAGACAAGUGGAAGUGUGGUUCCAGAACAGAAGAGCAAGAACCAAGUUAAAGCAAACGGAGGUAGACUGCGAGUACUUGAAACGGUGCGUAGAGAAGCUAACGGAAGAGAAUCGGAGACUUCAGAAAGAGGCAAUGGAGCUUCGAACUCUCAAGCUGUCUCCACAGUUCUACGGCCAGAUAACUCCACCAACUACACUCAUCAUGUGUCCUUCGUGCGAGCGUGUGGCUGGCCCAUCACCAUCAUCAUCUAACCACCACCACCACCAAAAUCACAGGCCCGUUUCGAUCAACCCGUGGGUUGCUUGUGCUGGUCAGGUGGCUCAUGGGCUGAAUUUUGAAGCCUUGCGUCCACGAUCAUGAAUUUUAAUUUUAGUGGAGAAAGCGUGUUUGUUUUUUUCGUUAUUGUUAUUGGUCUUACCUGUGUGUGGGGGUCAUUGUAAUUUUGGAUGAUUGGCCUUUCUCAUGAACUAGUCUUAUCAUGUAUGUAUGAUGCAACCUUAAAAAAUAUUUAAAUUAGCAAAAUUUA